CUGAUAAUAUGUUUGAUCUGGCCGUCCGUCACAGCAUCUUGUGAUCCAGAAUUCACACCACUAUCAGCUAUCUUGUUAACGUACUGGCAGUAAGAUGACUAUGGCUGCAACUACCACUGCUGCCGUUGCUUUCAGUGGAAUGACUGGGAAUUUAUCCACAGUAAACUUCCUAAGCUCUACUACAGCACCCAUCACCAAUAUCACCUCUGUGACCGGAACAGAUUACUACUCUUACUCUGACUACCCUGAAGAAGGCUUCGGGUUGUGUGCGUAUGAGCGACAUGCGGCCACUUUUCUGCCACCCCUCUACGCCAUUUUCUUCGUCCUGGGUCUUCUGGGUAACUCUCUGGUCAUCUGGGUCAUUACUUGUGGGGUGCGACUCCGCAGCAUGACAGAUGUGUGCCUUCUAAACUUGGCUGUUGCUGACCUCCUCUUGGUGUGUACCCUUCCUUUCCUAGCCCACCAAGCCCGGGACCAGUGGCGAUUUGGGGAUGGGAUGUGCAAAAUGGUCCUGGGUAUUUAUUACAUUGUGUUUUACUGUGGGAUCUUUUUCAUCAGUCUAAUGAGCAUCGACCGGUACCUUGCUAUAGUCCAGGCUGUUUACGCCCUGAGGGUACGGACGAGGUCCUUUGGAAUGAUUGCAGCUGCUGUCACUUGGAUUGCUGGAUUCUUUGCUUCUUUCCCUGACAUGAUCUUUCUCAAACAGCAGUCUUUCAAUAAUUCUACGUUCUGCUCCCCUGAAUAUCACACAGUUAACGCCCCUGCAUUCAACUCUCACUUCUGGAGGGUCUUCAGCCUUUUUAAAAUGAACAUUUUGGGUCUGUUUGUCCCGAUUGUCAUCAUGGUUGUCUGCUACUCACAGAUUGUGUGGAGGCUGCUGUACAGCCAGUCAUCCAAGAAACAGGCCAUCCGUUUAGUUUUCAUAGUAGUUGCUGUUUUCUUCUGCUGCUGGGUCCCCUACAAUGUGGCAUCGUUUUUUAAAGCGCUGGAGCUAUUGGACAUCUAUACAUCAUGCGAAAGCAGCAAAGCCAUCACACUGGCUUUACAAGUGACUGAGGCCAUCGCCUACUCUCACUGCUGCCUCAACCCCAUCCUGUACGUGUUUGUAGGGGAGAAGUUUAGGAAGCAUCUGCUGAGGUUGAUAAACAGAACUCCUUGCAGGCUGUGUCAGAUGGUCAAGGUCUGCAUACCUCAGGACAGAAUCUCAACAUCAGUCUACUCACAGACCUCCAGUCUGGACGAGAGGAGCACUGCUGUGUGAUGCGUGUUUCGGUCUGUGUGGUUGUCUCCAAGAUGAGGUCAUUUUUCUUUUGAAGUCAGAAAGAGGUAAUUCUGGCUAAUGCUCACUUCUCAUAGACUAUUUUAGGACGUCAGUUUACUUAAGGUUACAGUUGGGUUGCGGGUAAACGCAUGCUAUGUAAAAUUUAUCGCUUACUGUUCCUAAACACAACAUUCAGACUUGGCCUCUCUUUCUUUAGCUCAAUGAGACUGAUGCCCUUUUCCACCAAAAUUAGCCCGUGUAUGCAAAUUUUUUUAACAGGGGAGAAGCACUUAAAUAGGUAACAGACUGCCUUCCCAUUGCCAGCAGACCAGCGCCAUGCACACAGCUCUCCAGCAGUAUGCCUGUCUGUUUUUUUUUCUGAUGUGUUAUGUUUGACGUCACAAACAGACCAUGAAACAGGUUAGUAAACAAUAGAAAGCAGGAUGGAGGCCAGUGAAGAUGUUAAAGGUGGUUACCUGUUCUUUAUAUGUCUUACUUACUCAGUCUCUUCAAACUCAGUGCAGACCAAGACCAGUGCAGACUAAAGUUUAAAUGAUGUUUGAGCGCUGCUUGGAUGGAGAUGGCCAGCCAUUGCAUCUUUCCCGCAAAGGGGCUAAAAUUAGCAUGCCAAUCUGGGUGUCAGGUGUCUAUUUGCAUCAGAGCUGGAGCUGAUAAAUACCUGUGACUACUUCAGAGUCAUUUGUCCCCCAUGAGUGAAUGCCGAUCGUAACCUUUCCCACACAAAAGCCACAUGUUAGUGGGUGUCAGUGGAUUUUUGUCCAGUGGGAAAGGGGCUUAAUCAGAGAAAUAAAAGAUUAUUUAGAUUUAUUUUUAAGUGUUCUAAAGCACAAAUAAGCAUGCCCACACCUCCACACAACCCUACCUAAGGUGCUGCAUUGCUGGAUUUUGUCUGAAUUCAGCCUAAACGCAUGUUUCAUUUCAUCCUGUCCACUUCUAUGUGUGCAUGUGUGUGUGUGUGUGUGUGCAUGUGGUGUGUGUGUAUCAAAAAGAUGCACAAACCUGCCGUUCACAUCCACAGAGCAGAGGAGAGAGACGGGGACAGUGAUGUAACCUGGUCACUAAGCUUUUUUUUUUAAAGUCCUGACCUUGCGUUGCUUUUAGCUGGGGGCUACGCACCACGUCCGAAAAGUUUACACCCACAAACAUCCAAAACAAACCAAAGUACUAAAAAAAUACAGGCAGAGGGCAGGUUCUCUGUAGAUACAGACACCGCCCCACACUUCUAGUGGGUCAUAGGUGAUGACUGAGGGCAGUUCCUUUUGUAUGAAUCUAUGCAUUGCUUUUUUAGGAAGGUCAUGCAUAAUAUACUUCUAAUGAUAGGGUACAUUUUAGGUCUUGGAAGGGGGACUAGGUUAGCUAGUGACUGGUUAUUAAUAAUAUAGGGAAGUACAUGUGACUGUGUGUUAGCUUGAGCGACAUGAGGUUUAUGGUCUCAUGAUGUUGUCAUAUUAUACUUUUAUAAGUUCCACAGACAUACAAAUGUAUAAUGGAAUUGUACUGUAAAUAUGCUUUUAGAUAUAUAGAGAGAUAGGCCUAUUGUUUAUGAAUUACAUGUAGUGUUCCCUGAUUAAUAAUGCUACUGGCAGAGACUGAAUAAGAAACUGUGUCAACUACACCAGCUGUCAACGUCAGCAUCAGAAGCCUCAGUAACCUCAUUUCAUAUCAGCUGCCAAAAGAAACAACAGACGCACGGUGCUGCAACAAUCCAGAGCCGGAUUCGGUUACUCACCAUUUCCUUGCAUUCAAUCAGAGCAAACACCAUUAAGUAAGAGAGGGGAAACAAAUAUUAACUUUGAUUGAUGAUGACCACUCUUACAAUUGCAUCAGUUUUGUGUGUAUCAGAGUGUUGCACAGCAAAAAGUCCCCGGUGCAGCUGGAAACACUUAUUGCAAGUUUCAUAGCAUAUGUACCGGUAGAUUUGCACCUAACCUCGACCUAGAGAAAACCACAACCUGACAAAGAGAGGAAGUGUAUAACCAAGCUGUCAGUUUAACCUUUGCAGUGUCUGUGCACAGCAGAGCAUUUCACUGUCAAAUUUUGAAAAUGUCUCUGCAAAAUUUCUACUGAUAUUAAUCAGCAUUUCACAAAAGAAAACAGAUUAUUUUCAAAUCAUCUCACUCUAUACUCUGUCGUGCAGACUGAAUAGGCAUCCCAUCCAGUCAAUUUACACUUAAAGUUUUUCAUGAGACUUUUUUUUCCAGUGGCUCCCUCCUUCUGAGCUUGUUCCUCCAAUCAAAAGGCUUCUUUAUAUACUGUACUGUUGUUGCUGGUUGAGCUGUUCAGCAUUUUUUUAAUAAAACAGAUUUUAUGUUAGUAUUCAAUAUCUCCUACUUUUUUUCUUUCAGACACUCUUUUUGUUGUUUUGUUUCCCAUAAAAAACAGCAAGAUUUAUUAUCAUUAUUAUUUAUUAUUAUUAUUAUUAUUAUGCACUCUUAAAUAUGUGGGUAUCUCAAUAUCGAAUGUUAAAAAUAAUAUAAGCAGCACAGGCUGAUAUUGUCUGGGUAGUAAGGAUUGGUAGGAUGAACAUAAAGUCAUUUUGUUCUAAAUAGUUGAAGUUAUGAGUGACACUGGUUGGGUUGUACAUUUAAAAAGAAUAUAUUGUUUAUAUAUUGUUGUAUGUUUGUUAAAUAUUGAGUAAACUGAGAGUUUGAGAUGUGGAGAAGGGGUAGGACAAAUACAUUUAUACUUCCUGCUCCUUUUUGGACAUGUAAAUAUUUAAUAUUGUCAUUUAUGAGAAUUUGUAUAUUGAGAAUUUCCAAAAAAAUCCAUAAAGACCAAAUCCUACACUUCCCACGAUGCAACUAGAUAGUGUCUGUCCUUACACCCUCUCAGCCUAGUUAGUGCUCAUGUCUAUCAGGCUUCUGUUAUGAAUGUGUAGACUUG